UAUUCUGCGCCGCGCAUGCGCAGCGGGUUACUACCGGAAGGAUUUCUUAGCUGGGAGCAGCGUGGCGCCCCUACUGAGCCCUUCUGGAAGCGUCUGAGGGAAAGAAGAGCGCAAGUCGGAGUGGGAGAGACCACUGAGCGGAACUCAGACACAGGUGAUAUUGGCGGGGGCCACGACACUACAGUGAGAGCAAAAAGAGACGACGCAAAUCCGCGCUGCGAGGCAGGGGAUGUGGCUGCCAGGGAGAGAUGGCCCUCUUUCUCAGCUCCAGUUUGGUGGCUGCCACGGCAGGGGAAAGAGGGCAUAUCCAUUGCAUUAGAAAGGUACACUUUGUCGAUGUCAAAAGUACUUCAAGGAGAAAGCCAUACUCAGGACAUUUUGCAUAUGAAUCUUAAUAAUGACAGAUCAAGAAAAAGAAAUUGGGGUUUGUUGGUCACUGGCAUUGUCGGUGGGACAUUGGUGGUACUGUAUGCUGUUGCCACUCCAUUCCUAACUCCAGCACUGAGAAAAAUUUGCCUUCCUUUCGUACCUGCAACUUCAGCUCAGAUUGAAAAUGUUUUGAAAAUGUUACAAUACAGAAGUGGAUCUCUGGUUGACAUAGGUAGUGGUGAUGGACGUAUUGUGAUAGCAGCUGCAAAAGAAGGAUUCAAAGCUGUUGGUUAUGAAUUAAAUCCCUGGUUAGUCUGGUACUCCAGAUAUCGUGCUUGGAGAGAAGGGAUGCAUCAUAAUGCCAAAUUUUAUAUUUCAGAUUUGUGGAAGGUUAGCUUUUCCCAGUAUACAAAUGUUGUUAUUUUUGGGGUACCUCAAAUGAUGCCACAGUUGGAGAAGAAGCUUGAAGAAGAACUUGAUCACAAUGCCAGAGUUGUUGCAUGCCGUUUCCCUUUCCCACAUUGGAUGCCAGAUCAUACUACUGGAGAAGGAAUAGACGUGGUGUGGGCCUAUGAUUCAAAAGCUUUCAAAGGAAAUGAAAAGACAUGCUCAGAAACUGUACAAAAGAUGCAUCCUUUGUAAGAUUUCAGGUUAAAAAAUGUUGGAGUGAACUUUAAAUGGUGACUGUCUGAUUCGGUUCUUAGUAUACUUAAAGUGGUGGGAGGAUAACAAUAAGUAACACUGAAUAUUUCUCAAACCCAUUUCAUUGUCAGAAUGUCUUGUGGUGUUAAACAAAACUGCACUAUAGUCUUAUUUUAUAUUGCAGCAAAGCGAAGGCCAGUAAAAUGUAGACAAAGUAUACCAUGGAAAAAUGCAAAGACGACUUAUAUGUAUUGAUUACAAGAAGAAAUGGUUAGAAUUUUUUUAAAAAAUAUCUUUUAUAUGAAAAGUGGUAGGAUGCAGAAAGGGUUCAGUAGUGUUAAGGACACAUGUAUAAACUAAAUGCUCUAGUAAUAUUAAAGUUAUUUUUAACUGUU